AUGUUAUAUGAGGAAUCUGGUUUCCAAAAACAAAUGUCUGAUAGUGGACGAACUAUCUAUGAAUGGAACAUAGAUGGGAUGAUAGAAUACCAGAUUUUUGGGGUGGUACAUCAAAUGAUGAUGUAUAACACUAUUUGUGUAAAUAAUCAGAAUGAAGAUAAACAGGUGGCUGGCUGGAUAACAGUUGGUUUCACUGGCAUGAUUAAAGGUUGGUGGGAUAAUGUCUUAAUUGCAAACCAACGUUCGAAAAUAUUAAAUGCAGUUAAAAUUAAUGAAAAGGGUGAACAGAUACAGGAUGCUGUUUAUACUCUAGUUCAAUCAAUUAUUUUACAUUUUGUUGGUCACUGGGACAACCAACGAGAAAGAAGUCGAGAAUUGCUUGAAAAUCUAAAAUGUCCAACAUUAACUUAUUUUCGUUGGUAUAAAGAUGUAUUUUUAGCAAAAGAAGGGUUAACCUUGUGUAAUGACAUAAAAUUACUCAAUCAAUUGAAAAAACAACAUCUGACUGGAAAGCAAGAAUUAAGACAAUUCUGUGAUCAAUUUGGAUAUGAUACAACCAAAUAUCCAAACAUUUCUAAGAAGAAGAGUAGUAAUAAGACUACUAAACAAUAUUCUAAAAGAAAAGCUCAAAAGAAGAGGAAAACUACUAAGCAAAAUGGUUCAAAAGAGUCUACCUUAGCCAAGAAAAAACAGAAUAAUAAAUCUAAAAAGAAAGUCACGACAAAAUGCUUUAAGUGUGAAAAAAUAGGGCACUAUGCAAAUAAGUGUAAGACUAAGAAAAAGCUUAAUGAGCUUCAAAUAGAUGAUGAGUUAAAACAACUUUUUAAAUUAAUGCUCAACUCUAGUGAUUCAGAAUCACAGGAAGAAUCAGAUGAACAGAUUAAUGAGAUAUCUGAUCAAGAAGAUACUUCCUCUAGUUCAGAAGAGGAAGAAGUUUCUAAGGAUUUUGUUUCACAAUAUAAGCGUGUAUUUGAAAUGACUACCGAAACUGUAAAAGAAAGUGGAAACACUUCUAGGUUUAACCCUCCCAUAAUCCCUACUGUUGUUGUGGCUUCCGUUCCCCCCCAUGUUGCCUGUGAACCAUGCUGA